CAAGAGAUGAUGAAUCAUAUUGACUUGUUUGGCCGGAGAACUGAUAAAUUCAAAGCUAUUUCUCUGAUUAACAAAGAGAUGAUAGAGAUCCUGAAAUCAAAUCCAAGAAGAUGAAGAGAAAGCUUUAGCGAAGGAAGGUGACGAAUGUUGAGACUGAUUCAAUCAACGUUCAAGAAAUAUGGCGACGAUUUCUGAUAAAUUGAGUCUGAUUUUGAUCAUAAUCGUAAUCGAAGGAUCUACUUUCCGACGAGUUUCUUCUUCCGAAAUUUGUAACGGAAAUUGCGGUAGGUUGACUCUGCCAUAUCCCUUUGGCUUUUCUCCUGGCUGUCCGAUCCGAUUCCAUUGCUCUGAGGUGGAUCAAGAGACCAAGAUCGGAGGGUAUUCCGUCCAAAACGUGACGGAUAACAGUAUAUUCGUCGGCCUUCCACACAAUUGUAGUCGGAAGAUUGAAGACAUGACUACGCUUUUCGCCGCGCAGUUUGCACCGACGUCGGAGAACAGUUUCUUGAUGGACGAAUGUAUGUAUAAAACAAACGGUUGCUCGAUAAAUCAGGGUUUCUUGGAGAACACGUUAAAACUGCAAAGCUGUGGCUCCACGGGAAAUAUAAGCUGUUUUUCAUUAGAUACUAAUUCUAAGUUUUUCAGCAUGAAGGAUUUGAGGAAUAGCUCUUGCAGUUUGUUGUUUUCGUCGAUAGCUUUUGGGUCUGUAGGUGCGAAUACGGGGAUAGCGCUAGAGUUCGAAAGGGUUCAGUUAGGCUGGUGGUUGAAGGAAGGUUGCGAAAAUAAACCUUGCGCAGAAAACGCAAACUGUACACAAGUUGACAUUCCCGAUGGAAAUGCAGGACAUCGGUGCUCAUGUCUUGAGGAUUACCAAGGAGACGGAUACAUCAAUCCUUGCCUCAGAGUUAGAGUGAAAGGAAAUGUCGGAGUAAAAUUCAUUAUUGGCAUGGGUGUCUCUUUUAUUGCCCUUGUUGUAAUCUCUCUUUAUUUCUUUACAAGGAAUAGAAGAAAGCAAAAACAGAGACAUAAAGGCAAAUAUGUCCAAGAUCAUAGGUUAAAAGAUGCACAAUUAUUGCAACUUGACUUUGAUACCGUAAGAUUAGCAACUAAUGACUUCUCUCCAAACAACCAUCUUGGAGAAGGUGGCUUCGGUGCAGUUUAUAAGGGUGUUCUUGAUUCUGGGGAAGAGAUAGCUGUGAAAAGAUUGUCAGUGAGAUCAGGACAAGGAGACAAUGAGUUCGUAAACGAAGUCUCAUUGGUCGCCAAACUUCAACAUCGUAAUCUUGUUAGGCUUUUAGGUUUCUGUUUGGAAGGAGAAGAACGACUUCUCAUCUAUGAGUUCUUUAAGAACACAAGCCUCGAAAAGUUCAUAUUUGAUUCCAAUAGGAGAACGACCUUGGAUUGGGAAACACGUCAUAGGAUCAUCACAGGUGUUGCUCGAGGUCUUCUUUAUCUCCAUGAAGGUUCUCGUUUCAAAAUAAUUCAUCGAGAUAUGAAAGCCAGCAAUGUUCUGUUGGACGAUGCAAUGAAUCCGAAAAUCGCGGAUUUUGGAAUGGCAAAGUUGUUUAAUACGGACCAAACAAGUCAGACCAUGUUUACAAGCAGAGUUGCAGGAACUUAUGGUUACAUGGCUCCAGAGUAUGCAAUGAGUGGGCAAUUCUCGGUGAAAACUGACGUAUAUAGCUUCGGUGUACUAGUCCUUGAGAUCAUUAAAGGUAAGAAAAACAACUGGUCUCCGGUAGAACAAAGCUCACUGUUCCUCCUUAGCUAUGUGUGGAAAUGCUGGAGAGAAGGAAAAGUGUUGAACAUUGUGGAUCCAAGUUUGAUUAAUGAUACAAUAGGUCUAAGUGAUGAGAUCAUGAAAUGCAUUCACAUUGGUUUGUUGUGUGUUCAGGAGAAUCCAGAGAGUAGACCAACAAUGCCUUCUGUUGUUGCAAUGCUCAAUGCAAAUUCUUUCACUUUACCGAGACCCUUGCAACCGGCUUUUUACUCAGGGGUUGUAGAGCCAUCGUCAAGAGACAACAAUCACACAAGUAGUACUGCGUCUUUGAAUAAUGUUACCAUUACUGAGUUAGAUCCUCGUUAAAUUAAGUGUGUAAAAACUAAA